AUGGGUGUUUCAAACACGGUUAUUUUGGUAUUUCUGGUAUUAUCAUUUGCUACUGGACUCCUAGUACUACUUUGCAUUAGUACUUUAGAACCAGAUUAUGUUUGGAUCCAAACCAAUCAAGAUGGUAGAAGAAGAAAAAGAUCAAUGUUUUUCAGAAAAAAGGAUCCUUCAAUUGAAUAUCUUGGAAAUAAUGUUACUGGUUUAAGGGAAGUGGAACAAGGUCAAGAUCAAUUACCCAAUGAAGAACAAUUCCGUCAAAGUAGUUCAAAGGUCGGAUUACAUAGCUUUAUAGUUGAAGGUUCAUCAAAAUCUAAUACUAAGAAAUCAGAAGAAAUACAACCACGUCAAUCAGAAGGACCAAAAGCUAAGGACAAAAUUAAAAAUCCAGAAUUACACACGAGUCAAUUGAACAUGCCAGCAAAAGAAAUGAGUGGUUCAUUCGGUGAUAUUUCAAUAAUUCCAGAUGAAGUUGGUCAAAAUGAAACGAAUAUGGUUCAAACUAAUGCGGAUAAAAGUGAUACUUGA